CUUCUUGGUUUAUUUGCUGCUUCAUGUUUAUCGACAUUUGCAUCAACAACUUAACCUAUUACUUCUCACAAGAACAGCUUCGUCAAAGUUCAUUUUACGUUUUAUUCGGACUGUGUUUCCAUCUUUCCGGAUUAUAACUGUUUUCUUGUAUCCCUAAAAUUAUUGUGUAGCUUAGUAAGUCACUGUCACCAAAAACGUAUUAGUUGUUCAUCAGUGACAUUGAAGUUAAAGCUGUCUGCAUUUUCUGACUAACGAAACAUGGCAAAUCCAAGCUCAAUCAACCCAGUGCUUGUAUCCGACAACGUUCCUUGGGAGCCAUUCGGAAAGACACCUAGAAUUGAAGCACAACCAACUGAACCAUCAUCCCCCACAGGCUCUAGCAGACCCAAGAAACUUACUAUGAUGCUAGAUAUGGCUUGGUUAGAACAAGAAAUCAAAGAUCUAGAGGACGUCAAUGUGAAGAGUAGUCAAGGUUCAUCAGCAGGGGACAUGUUUCCUUGCUCAAACUGUGUUGUUGCAUUCACAAGCCAAGCAUAUUUGGAUAAACAUAAAAAAUACUGUCGUGGUGGAAAACCAGAGCCACAAUGUACCACCAUGAUUGUGACAACAGCAGAUUCAGCAACUGUUACAGUGUUGACUAAUGUUAAUCCAAUAAUAUCUCAAAACAUCCCAGCUGAGUCUGAUAGGAGGCAACCAGGAGAUGGCACUCAACAAGGUUAUCCAUGUCCAUGGUGCCCAACUGUUAGCACUUCACCAGCAUAUUUAGAGAAGCACAAAAAGCGAUGUCAGAGAAAACAGCACUCUCUUCAACAGUCCCACCAUCAUGCCCCUGUUCCUGCUAUGCAGCAGACACUACACCCGCAGUCAGUUCAAGUUUACAGUGGACCCAUCCAGCAAGCCAAGAUAGAGGCCGAGGGGCAACCAACUCAUCAUGUACUACUGCAGCCUCAACUUCAACACCUUGGAGAGCAUCACUUGUCUCAGUUUCACUUUAUGGACACACUGUCACAGUCAGUUCAGGCUCAAGUGCAGGCUCAAGUGCAGGCUCAAGUGCAAGCUCAGGCGCAAGCUCAUGUACAAGCACAAGCUCAAGCUCAAGCCCAGGCCCAGGCCCAAGCCCAAGCCCAAGCCCAAGCUCAAGCCCAAGCCCAAGCCCAGGCCCAGGCCCAAGCCCAAGCCCAAGCCCAAGCCCAAGCACAGGCCCAAGCACAGGCCCAAGCUCAGGCCCAAGCUCAGGCUCAGGCUCAAGUUCAAGCCCAAGUACAAGUACAAGUCCAGCAUCAGGCGUCAAUACCUCAGCAACACACCACCCUCAAAGAAGAACAUUCAACAACAACUCUUCUGCCUUUGCACAUGCCACUAACUACUCAAGAGCAUGGUCAAACUUUAGUUGUGACAAGUGCAGCAUCAAAUAUCUCUCAAACAUUAGAGCAAGCUUUAAUAGUUUCAGCAUCCAGUGCUCCAUCAAAUUUAUCUCAAGCCAUUGUGCAGACUGCUUCUGUCACUGGAGCAAGCACUCCUACUAGCAGCUCUCAAUCAAUGACAAUUAUGGUUCCAUUGUCUUUAGGGCUUCCCACCAUGCAACUUCCCCUUCCUGUGUCUAUGCCAUCCCUCGUACCUCUGACAUUACAUCAAGAUAAUGUUAAUGGUCUUGAAAAUUCAAUGACCGAUUCUGUACCUCCUGGUGCAAACAGCAUAUCAUAUCUAGAGAACGGUAUGGCAUCAAACAUUGUCAAGUCCACAACUUACCAGCAUGGAGAGUUACCCCCACGUCCAAGUGACCAACCUUCUUCUAAAGUUAUGACUUGUAAGGAAUGCGGGGAGCAAUUUCCAAACAAUGUACAGCUCCGCAAACAUGCCUUCACUCACAACAAGGAUAAACCAUUUGUGUGUACAACAUGUUGGAAGAUAUUCAAAGAUGGUGAUGAUCUGGAAAGGCAUCGUGCUCUACAUAGGCCUCAUCCAUGUACUCAGUGUGGAGAGAGAUUUGGACGAUUAGGUCAUCUUAAAAGACAUGCUAUGACUCAUACUGGACAUAAGCCAUAUCCAUGUCCAUCAUGCAAUAGAGAAUUCAUGGAUAAUGUGGACUUGAAGAGGCACCUAAUGACUCAUUCAGGAGAAAAGCCCUAUAGAUGUCAAACUUGUGGGGAUUCAUUUGCCCGCAGCAGCAAUUUGAGAAGGCACAGUAUUAUUCAUACGGGUGAUAAACCACACAAGUGCACAGAAUGUGGUGACGGUUUUGUAGAUUCGUUUGAUCUUAAACGUCAUCUCAUGACCCAUACGGGAGAGAGACCUUAUCAUUGUGACUACUGUGGAGAGAGCUUUACCAGGAGCAGCAACCUUCAACGUCAUCAGCGUAAGCAUACAGGGGUUCGCCCAUUCGUGUGUGACAUAUGUGAGAAAACAUUUGUUGAUAAAAUAGACUUAAAGCGACAUGCUAGAGUCCACUCAGGAGAGAAACCAUUUGCCUGCAUUAAAUGUGGGGAUCAUUUUGCCCGUAAACAUAACUUAAGAAUACAUCUGAAAACUCAUUCUGAAAUUUAUGAAUGCCAAUUUUGCAAUGAACAAUUUGCAUUACAGUCUCAAUUGGAGGAACAUGAACAGUCUCAUAAGGUUGAACCUAAAUACUUGACAUGUCUGCACUGCCAGCAGGAUAUUUUAGAAAGUGACAUGCAUAAUCAUUUAUUAAGCCAUUCUGAUGUAAGUCAUGAACUGUUCUCAUGUACUUUGUGUGAUCAAAAAUUUCUUGAGGAAGAUGACUUGAAAGUGCAUAGCAGAUCCCAUUUAGUUCAAAAGCCCCACACAUGUGGUCAUUGUGGAGAGCGGUUUGCACGCAGGAGUCACCUCUCUCGACAUGCACUAACUCACUUGGAUAGAAAGCCUUUCCCUUGCAGUGAAUGUGAUAAAUCAUUUUUAGACAAUGUUGAUCUAAAGAGACACAUGAUGACUCAUACAGGUGAAAGACCUUUUAUUUGCACUGAGUGUGGUGAGACAUUUUCUCGUUUGAGUAAUCUAAAGCAGCAUAGUCGGAUACAUACUGGCGAGAGACCAUACCAGUGUAAUACUUGCAGUAAACAGUUUAGUGACAGUGGUGUUUUAAGACGCCAUGCACUGACUCACUCUGGUGUCCGUCCUUAUGUUUGUUCAGAGUGUGGGGAAAGGUUCAGUCAGAAGAGCCAUCUUAUUUCCCAUAACCGGACUCAUUCUGGUGAGAAGCCUUAUGGGUGUACUCAGUGUGAAGAAAAAUUUACUGAAAGAAGCAACUUGCGAAGGCACUCAAGAAUGCAUGCACCUAUGAAGCCUCAUAAAUGUGAAACUUGUGGUGAGACAUUUCAACUUCUAAGUCAUGCCAAAACACACUGUCUGCCAUCAUCUGAUGGUAGACUAUUUUCCUGUCCUGAUUGUGGAGAACAUUUUGGUCGAAUGAAUAAUUUAAAAAGGCACCUUUUGAGACACACGGGUGAGAAGCCAUUUGCAUGUCCUGAUUGUUCCGAAAGUUUUGCUGAUAAGAGCAGUCUAAAGCGUCACUCCUACACUCAUACUGGUGAAAAACCUUUCAUUUGCUCAGAAUGUGGAGAGCGUUUUACUCAAAGUGCCCAUCUCAAAUCUCACACUCGCAUUCAUACUGGGGAAAAACCCUAUCAAUGUCCAUUUUGUAGAGAGCGUUUCACACAUCGGAAUACUUACAAAAAGCAUAGAAAACUCCAUGAGACUGAAGCUUCAUCUUCCACAUCUAGGACAUAGAUGAUGGUAAUCCAAUUGUACAAAUGUCUUUGACUUACUAGCCAUGUGAUACCUCGUUCUUGCAAGAACUAAUAAUAAGCAAUAAGUUCUUCUAAACCCAUUUUCAGAAUAUUUUUAUCAACGAAAACUAUUGUAUUCUCUUAGAAAUUUUUUUUUGUUUUGCUUUGUUUCCAUUUGUUUGUUAGUGUACAGAGAUGCUUUAGACUGUAUGUAAUGUUAUCUCUUUCAAAUUUAUCACAGCCUCAUAUUAUCAUUAUUGUGUUAAUUUCAGUUAUGUAUCAAGCAAGUUAUAUUUAUUAUUAAACAGUUGUUUCUUUCUUCUCAAAUAAACCCAUUAAUGGCAAUAUGAACAAAUAAAAAUAUAGCAUUUUUUACAA